ACAGUACUUUAAAUCGAAUCUUCCAUUCAGAAAAUAAAAAAACGUUUUUACGAAACAGAAUAUUUGAAUCAAUAUUGACAACGCCAAUGUAACGUCGUCUAAUCUGCGUUGUUUUUAUUUUGAUGUUGAUGUGUGUUUGGUAGAUUUGGUACGAGAGACGCGGCUUAACACGCAUUUAUGAGACAGUAGAUGUUGUUGUUGGUUGAUUGUGCAAGUGUGUGUGCGUGAGUCGGUACGUCAAAUAAUCAGCAUUUGCUUUGCCGGAACAUCGACAAUGUCAGCGUUUCUGUGAUAAUUCUGGUGUAAUAAAACCUUUUUUUCGGUAGUUUUUGACAAUUAGCACGGUAAUUAAUUAUUAUUAAAUAAUUGAAGUGCAACGAGUUACAUUUUCAGUCAACGACAGUGGCAAAUUUUCGCAAACAAUCAAUUUAAACAUUCCGUCAAAUCCUUUUGUGAAGCUUAAAAUAUUUGUUUUUUUUUUUCGCAAUGGCGUUGCAUCAAUUAAUGCGAGCAAUUGGACUAUUCGUGGUGGCGACAGUGUGUUAUAUCAGCGUUCAUAAUGGCACCAGUUUAUUUACGUGGCAUCCUUGCUUGAUGUCCGUCGGCUUUAUUCUGUUGAUGUCUGAGGCGAUCGUUGCAUUUUCGUCGAAAUCGUUUAUUGCAACCAAUUUAAAGUACAAUGAUCGAUUGAAUUUGCAUGGUUUGCUGCAAUUUAGUGCAGCCACAUUGAUUGGCAUCGCCUUCUACAGCAUCUACACGCAUAAAAACAACAACAACUAUGAUCAUUUUGCAUCUCGCCACGGUAAUUUGGGAUUUACCACUUGUAUCAUGGUCGGUGGUACGACAGUUGGAGGCAUUGCAGCCCGAUACAGUGGCCUAUUUAAAAAAUCCAUCAAACCGGCCUACUUGAAAAUCAUUCACUCGACAUUCGGUGUGAUGACCUACAUUAUGGCCAUCUUCACGUUCUGCCUUGGACUCGACUCGGAAUGGUUUCGUUCUCAAAGCAAUGAUCAAGUAGUCUCUGUACUCAUCUACUUGGCUGGCGCUGUUGCCUUGUUAGCUCUUAUCAAACCGCUUAUCUCGAUCGCAACCAAGUUGCGCAACACAUUCAAGACUCGUUAAUAAAAACACACUCAACACAAACUUAUCUCUAUAGUACGUCCUUUAUUAUCAACUUUUAAGGGAGCAGCUUACAAUAAAUUAAAAAUAUACUUCUUUUUUUGUUGAAAUUUCUCGAAAUAAAAACGAAAUAUAUAAGUAAAA